UCAAGCGAAGCUCAUGGCGCUCGUGAGGUCACUCAGCCUGCACACAGCGACACCCAGGCACUCAAUCGACACUGACAGCCGUGUUUCAGAUCUCUCACUCUCACUCUCACUCACCGUCUGAAGUCGAAGUAGAGCUGCUGGUCGGCAGCCGCCCUGCUGCUGUCCUUGCCGCCCUCGGGCGCCAUCCACUCGAGAUCGCCGCCCUCCACGCCCCGCACCAGUCUGUCGAGCUGCUCACCCACCUCUACAGCACCGUCCGCGUCGCCACGAGCCAGCGAAUACGACACGUCACUCAUUGCAGACGAUAUGGCUCCCCACAGCGCGCCAUAGGGGGUCGAGAGGAAGUGCCGCACGAUACGCGGCAGGGCGCUGAGGGCCUUUUGGUCGAAGGAGGCUGGCACUGGGGAGGCGAUGGCACGUGUGGCGGCGGUGUUGGCCUCGUUGUCAGCCGGUGGCAGGUGGGUAUGGGUGUGGGUGUGGGUGUACUGCUGCUGGUGCUGCAGCUGCUGGAUCUGGCUGCCCAUCAUCUCGAUCUGCCGCGCCAUGGUCUCCCUCUCGGCCAGUGCCGCCUUGAGCUGCCGCUGGAGCUCUCCCUCCCCUCUCCCUCCCGGCCUCAU